UUGUUGUAACACCCAUCCAAUGCAAUGAGUCGGGCGAUCGUUUGUAAGCGCGACACCGUUUCCCAAAGUGCGUGACUAUGUUGAACGUUGCUGAGUAAAUAGAAGAAGAAGACUAAAUGUAAACAUAAACACUGAAGUGAAGGUGGUAUCAGUUUCAUCAAGAACAAAUUUUCCACUUGGCACAAUUUAUUAAGAAAAAACUCCUAAAAUGGGCAAGCGACAGCAUCAAAAAGAUAAAAUGUACCUCACCUACACGGAGUGGACAGAAUUUUAUGGUGGCAAAAAGUUCGAAUCAGCAGAAAAUGAACAUAUCAAAUUUAAACGUCUACCCUAUGACUGUUGCUGCAUCACUCUCGUGCCCUUCGAUAUACCCUAUAGCGAUUUGGAGGGCAAUAUUUUCGAAUUGGAGGCCAUUCACAACUUCAUAGCAAAAUUCAAACUUAAUCCGGUGACCGGCAAGCCUUUGGAUGCCAAAUCUUUGUUGAAAUUGAACUUCCAUAAAAACUCUGACGAUGAAUAUCAUUGUCCGGCUUUGUUUAAGCCUUUCACCAAGAAUUCCCAUAUUGUGGCUUUGAGAACUACAGGAAAUGUCUAUUGCUGGGAGGCCAUUGAACAAUUGAACAUAAAGGCGAAAAAUUGGAAAGAUUUAAUAGAUGAUACACCAUUUCAACGCAAAGACAUUAUCACCAUACAAGACCCAGAGAAAUUGGAAAAAUUUGAUAUUUCAAGAUUCUAUCACAUAAAAAAGAAUUUAAGGGUGCUCACCGAGGAAGAGGAGCAAGAAAGAAAUGAUCCCACGAAAAAGAUAAAAACCAUGAACUUGGAGACAAGGGAAACCUUGGAACAAUUGGAACGUGACUACAAAGUGGCUGAAGUGCAGCCUUCAACAUCGAAGCAAACAGCGGACAAAUUCAAUGCGGCCCAUUAUUCUACGGGAGCGGUGGCUGCCAGUUUUACUUCUACCACCAUGAUGCCGGUGUCGAUGGUAGAGGCUGCUAUUAUCGAUGAAGAUCAAGUUAAAUAUGAAAGGGUCAAGAAGAAGGGCUAUGUACGUUUAACCACCAACAUGGGACCUUUGAAUUUGGAAUUGUAUUGCGAUCAGGUGGCAAAAACUUGUCACAAUUUUAUGCGUCAUUGUUCGGAUGGCUAUUACACGGGCACUUUGUUUCAUCGUUCGAUAAGGAAUUUUAUGGUACAAGGUGGCGAUCCAACGGGCAAAGGCACCGGAGGUCAAUCCAUUUGGGGUAAAAAAUUUGAUGAUGAAUUCAAACCCAAUUUAACUCACUCUGGACGAGGUGUGCUCUCCAUGGCCAAUUCAGGACCUAAUACCAACGGAUCGCAGUUUUUCAUUACCUAUCGCUCUUGCAAACAUUUGGAUGGCAAACACACCGUUUUUGGCAAAGUUGUUGGAGGUUUGGAUACUUUACAAAAAAUGGAACAAAUCGAAGUAGACAACAAGGAUCGUCCCAUAGAGGACAUUAUUAUAGAGUCCAUUCAAGUCUAUGUGGAUCCAUUUAAAGAAGCCGAAGAGCAAUUAGCCAAAGAAAGAGCCGAAGAAGCUGAAAAACAACAGCAGGAGAAAAAUGCAGAAAUAACAAAGAAACGUUUAAAGGAACCUCUCAAGGUCUAUCGAGAAGGAGUGGGAAAAUAUUUGAACAUACAGGCAGCGAAACAAGCACAGAAAGAAGAAAAUGCCGGCAGCAGUUUAUUUGGAGGACCUAUUAGAAAAAAAGCAUCGGGCAAGGCAGGAUUUAGUGAUUUUUCUUCGUGGUAGAGACGAGUUUCAUGAUCGACGAUUUUAUGCAAUGGAAAAGAAAAGCCAGAGAUAACAAAACACCAAACACUAUGGGACGCGUUUCGUCUUUGGUUAGAAGACUUUUCAGAUGGAGCUUGAGGUCUGAAAUUUGGCAUGUAGAUACAACUAAGAAAUAAAUGAUGGGUGACUAAGUGUUCUAUUGAAAAUUCGUGCAUUUUGGUACCAUUUGGUACUUUCUUUCAAAUA